AUGUCCGAUCAAGACACUCACUCAAAAAAAUACAGUGAAUUGCGAAGUAUGUAUCAAUACUCCAUCGAUUCAUAUAAUGCAUUGUAUCAGCUGAAAACUGAAAAUGAAGAAGAAAUACACAAGAUUUUCAAAAUGAUCAAAACAGAAUUGAUUGAUUCAAAGAAAUUACUUCCUCAUACUAUUAUAAGUGACAUUUUAUGUAUCAUUCCGUAUAAUUAUCGCUAUACAAAGGCUUAUUUAUCUCUCGCCAAACUCAUAUAUGAUAAUUAUCAAAUAAACAAGGAAAUCGAUGCUCCAUUAACUGUUAGAUACAUAUUUUAUAAAGAAUAUGGAAUUAAAUUAGACAAAUCAGACAAUUUCGAAACAAUUAACUCAAAAAAUCUCGAUAUUCAUACAGAAGAUACAAUUUACCGAGCAAUUAUGUAUAAUGACUUAGAACGAUUCAUCACAUUCACUGAAAUAGAAGGAUUUGAUAAAGAUCAAAAACUUAAAUGCGAUUUAUAUCCAUAUUCUUAUUAUGGAUAUUCAUUACUUGAAUUAUGUUGUUAUCAUGGAGCAGUUGAUUGUUUCAAGUUAUUGAGAACGAAAUUUAAGUCAGAAAUAACUCAAACAUGUCUAGAAUUUUCAUUUUUAGGAGGAAAUCCAGAGAUCAUGAGUGAAUGUUUGAAAUAUCAAAAACCAGAUAAAUAUUGCAUGUUUUAUGCAAUUAUUUCACACAACAUUGAUUUUGUUACAUUCUUAAUGAAUGAGUAUAAUCUAAAGGUUGAUUUAGAUGUUUGUGUGUUGUAUCGUAAUCUUGAAUCCUUUUUAGUUUAUUUUGAUCAAACUAAUGAUGUUAACAAAUGCUUUCUUUAUUCAGCAAGGUUCAAUAUUCCAUCUCUCUGUGAAUAUUUCCUUUCUAUUGGUGCUAAUGUCAAUGGAAAAGAUAAAUAUGGACAAACAGCUCUUCAUUAUGCAGCAAAAUAUAAUAGAAAAGAAGCAGCGGAACUUCUUAUUUCACAUGGUGCAAAUGUCAAUGAAAAAGAUAAAGAUGGAAAAACCGCUCUUCAUUUUACAGCAGUAUUUAAUAAUAGUAAAGAAAUAGCCGAACUUCUUAUUUCACAUGGUGCAAAUGUCAAUGAAAAAGAUAAUAAUGGAAGAACCGCUCUUCAUUAUGCAGCAGUAUUUAAUAAUAGAAAAGAAAUAGCUGAACUUCUUAUUUCACAUGGUGCAAAUAUCAAUGAAAAAGAUAAAGAUGAAAAAACUGCAUUUCAUAUAGCAGCAGAAAAAAAUAGUAAAGAAACAGCCGAAUUUCUUAUUUCACAUGGUGCGAAUAUCAAUGAAAAAGAUAAAUAUGGAGAAACCGCUCUUCAUUUUACAGCAUAUAAUAAUAGUAAAGAAAUAGCCGAACUUCUUAUUUCACAUGGUGCAAAUGUCAAUGAAAAAGACAAAGAUGGAAAAACCGCUCUUCAUAGUGCAGCAGAAAAAAAUAGUAAAGAAACAGCCGAACUUCUUAUUUCACAUGGUGCAAAUGUCAAUGAAAAAAAUAAACAUGGAAAAACCGCUCUUCAUUAUGCAGCAGUAUUUAAAAAUAGUAAAGAAAUAGCCGAACUUCUUAUUUCACAUGGUGCAAAUGUCAAUGAAAAAGAUAAUAAUGGAAGAACUGCUCUUCAUUAUGCAGCAGUAUUUAAUAAUAGAAAAGAAAUAGCUGAACUUCUUAUUUCACAUGGUGCAAAUGUCAAUGAAAAAGAUAAAGAUGAAAAAACUGCUCUUCAUUAUGCAACAAAAUUUCAUAGAAAAGAAAUAGCCGAACUUCUUAUUUCACAUGGUGCAAAUAUCAAUGAAAAAAAUGAAGAAUGA